AUGGAGCAGCAAGACAAGCCACCGGCUCGUAACACCGAUAAGACACCUACGCAGCAGUCUGAUGAGGGCUACAGUACGACAGUUGCGGACUCACCCAACACACCCAACCCUGUGUAUGCCUCGAAAGAUGAAACCACACCCACGCAGCAAUCUGAGACGGACUAUUCCGGACUCGCGGACGCAGUCGCAAAUACACCCAACCCUACGUAUGACUCCAUAGAUGUUAAUGUAAAAGUGGUAGAGAUGGGGCCCAUUGGGCCGGAUGGGUUUGUCGGGCCACCAGGCGAAACGGGGCCCAUGGGACCAUCUGGGUCUGCAGGAAGUCCAGGAGGAACAGGACCCAUCGGGCCGCCUGGACCUGCUGGGCCACCAGGACCGCCAGGAGAGCAAGGACCCAUGGGGCCACCAGGGUCUGCCGGACCUCCAGGAAAAACGGGACCUGUUGGGCCACCUGGACCUGCUGGAACACCGGGACUAACGGUACCCAUGGGGCCGGCUGGCGCCAAAGCUUAUUGCCCCAAAGGCUACAAUGAGUGGCGUGGGAUCUGCUACAAGGCGAUCGACGCUCGGGCAAAGUUUCUUGAGUCUGCCCGGCGUUGCCGUCAAGAGGGCGGCACCCUCGCCAUGCCCCGAGACGCUGCAACAGACGCCUUCCUCAUCUUCCUCAAGAACACCGUAAACGACAAAUCCUGCUUCUGGACGUACUUCAGUGAGAGGCUGAGCUCGCAUUUUUAA